CAUAGGCGUCCAAAGCUGUGUUAAGCACUUCGUGGUGGGCAGAGCUCAGAAGACUUUAGAAGAAAAAGCAGCAUUUGCUUGGGAUCCAGGGCAGGAGAAGCCUCAGAGUGUGGACAGACAGGAGCAGGGAAACAGCAUCUAUGGCUUCGUCAGUCCUGGAAGAUGUGAAGGAGGAGGUGACCUGCCCCAUCUGCCUGGAGCUCAUGACAGAACCUGUGAGCACCGACUGUGGCCACACUUUCUGCAAACUCUGCAUCACUUCAAGCUAUGUGUUGACAGAACAUGAACAAGGAGUGAAAAAAUGUCCUGUGUGCAGAGACACUUAUCAGUUUGAAAACCUGAGGCCCAGUCGACAUGUGGCCAAUAUAGUGGAGAGGCUCAGGGACAUGACCCUGACCCACAAGGCAGAUCAGUGUGACCUCCAUGGGGAGAAACUCCUGCUGUUCUGUAUGACAGAUGAGAAAUUCAUUUGCUGGCUUUGUGAGCAUUCUCAACAGCACCGCGGUCACUACACGCUUCUCAUGCAGGAGGCUGCACAGGUCUAUUGGACGAGACUCCAGGAAGUGCUGCAGAAGCUGCUGAAGGAUGAGAAAGAGUUUGAGAAGUGGAACGCUCACAUCGACGAAGAAAGGACUUCCUGGAAGGCAGGAGGCCACACUUCCUCAGGGUGCUAG